AUGGACAGUGACGAAUCGGAAAAGAAGGAAAUCUUCUCCACCAGUGUCACCGUCGUCCCUGGGUCCAACCCAUCUACAAACGUCCCAACGAGAGCGUCUUCAUUGACUCACGCAGACCUCGACUGUGAGGCAGGAAAGGGACCAACCGAGUUCAGUGCAGCUACUGUCGAUGAAAAGGCCUCAGAAGAUGAGGAUUGGGAAAGCGAUCCGAUUAACCCGAGAAAUUGGGCACCUUUCAAAAAGUGGUCGGCGAUGGCCAUUGUCUCCCUGUAUACGUUUAUACCUCCUCUUGCAAGUUCCAUGAUGUCCCCAGGUCUUCCCGAAGUCGCAGAACGAUUCAACAUUCAGAAUCCGACUAUCGUGGCAUUAACUUUGACCAUUUUCCUUCUUUCCUUUGCGAUCGGUCCUCUAUUUUUGGCGCCUCUAUCGGAAAUGUAUGGACGGACAUGGAUUUUACACAUUGGCAACCUGUUCAAUAUCGCAUUCAACCUUGGCUGUGCCUUUGCACCGACCACAGGUGCACUGAUAGGGUUCCGAUUUCUUUCAGGAUUUUCUGGCAGUGCACCUAUUGCAGUGGGGGGCGGAUCAGUCAGCGACCUCUUCGACGCACGGGAUCGAGCCAAAGCCAUGGCAAUGUAUAAUCUGGGUCCCCUGCUAGGACCUGCCAUUGGUCCCGUUGCGGGAGGCUUCAUAACUCAAACUAUAGGCGUUAAGUGGGUUUUCAUCGUGAUUGCAAUUUUAAGUGGAGUCGGUAGUGCUAUUGCUAUCCCCUUUCUACGAGAAACAUACGCUCCAAUCAUACGUUACCGACGAGCCAUGCGCGAUGGUGACGACGAAAAGGCGGCCAGAGCUCAUCCUGCUCUCAUUGAAGCUCAAGGAAGCUUACACAAGAUUAUAUGGGUCAGCGUGACUCGCCCUCUGGAAAUGCUGUUUAGAAGCUUCAUUUGUUUUGUGUUGAGUUUAUACAUGGCGUUCAACUACGGCAUCUACUACCUCAUGUUUUCCACCUUCCCAGCUCUUUUCAGCGAUACGUAUGGUUUCGGGGCUGGCGUCGGAGGCCUCGCAUAUCUCGGGUUAGGCUUCGGGUUUGUGCUGUCGACCCUAGCAGGCGCGAGAUGGGGCGAUUCACUCUACAAAUAUCUUGCAAAGAAAAACGACGGAAAGCCUAAACCAGAGAUGCGCAUCCCCUUCAUGCUUCUGGGGUCAAUCUUGGCCCCAAUUGGUCUGUUCUGGUACGGAUGGUCUGCUGAGGCUGGUGUCCAUUGGAUCAUGCCCAUCAUCGGGACGGCUAUUUUCUCAUUUGGUGACCUACCUAUCACUUUAUACCUCGUGGACUCUUUCAAGUACGCAGCAAGCGCAUUGGCGGCGGCCGCGGUUUUCCGAUCCAUGCUUGGAUUUGCAUUUCCGUUAUUUGGCAAACAGAUGUACGAUGCGUUAGGCAAAGGAGGAGGAAAUUCUAUGCUAGCAGGCGUGGCUAUAGUACUGGGGAUACCAUUUCCAAUAUGGAUUUACUAUAAAGGAGAAGAGAUGAGGGCCAGAAAUCCGUUGACGAAAUAG